UUAAUCCUCUCGCUUUGUUCCUUGGUUAUGUUCAGAGAUUAUACCCGCUUGUUACAUUUCCUCUGGAGCAUCGCUUGGUAUUUUGGCAAUCUGGUUAGGAGAGCGUUGUUUAGUAAUUACUGUGCAAAAGUUGUGAUUAAUCGGCGUCAAGCUGACGGCGGAAAUGAGUUCUUAUCUUCAAGUAGCUGAGGAUGAAGGCGAGGAACCUAUAGAGUUGCCUACAGAAGACGAUAGUACAUUAUUACUCUCAACUUUGGCCGCCCAGUUCCCAGGAACUUGUGGGUUAAAGUACCGUAACCCCGAAUCCCGAGCUAUGAGAGGGGUGCGUUUGGUGGAAGGAAGGUUACACCCGCCAGAAAAUGGAUGGGGAAAUUGUGUAUACUACUGCGUUUUUCCGAAAGAGAAUAAACGUAAAUCGGACGAUCACUUAGAAAAUUCCACUGCCAAGACGAAACGCAUGGAAACAAAACUGAAAUGCUCAGAUCUUAUCGUUCUUGGCUUGCCGUGGAAAACUACGGAACAACAGUUGCGGGAGUACUUUGAAUCAUUUGGUGAAGUGCUUAUGGCACAGGUUAAAAAGGAUCCUAAGUCUGGGCAAUCAAAAGGGUUUGGAUUCAUCCGCUUUGGGACAUACGAGUCACAGAUGCGAGUUUUGGCACAGAGGCAUAUGAUUGAUGGCCGGUGGUGUGAUGUCAAGAUUCCAAACUCGAAGAAUUUGGAUGCAGUGUGCUCUUCCACGAGGGGCGGAGAGAUUUAUAUUGGUGGCACCACUGCACUCUGUGAACCCAUUGACAUUGCUGCUGCUUACACUGAGUAUGGUGGAACUCAAAUGUACCAGUAUAAUGAAUUAGUCCCAUAUGUAUAUGAUCCAGGCUAUCAGUUUGGUAGCCCCAUCGGUGGUGUUUAUGUGGCCAGUGAUAGUUACAAAGUUAAUAGUGGAAUUUGUGACACAUCAACCAGAACUGUCAGUUAUUCUGUCAGUGGUGUUUAUAACAAAGUUGGUGAAACAGAUCAUUAUCGACCAUCUCACAUGCCUGAUGGAUCCCAUAAAGAUGAUAAUGUCAGUGGAUAUCAGCUUGACCAUUACACAAACUGGCAUCGAAUGUCUCUCAAGAAAGACUAUGGUGAUAUUCAUUGUUCAGAUAGUCACAGAUCUUCAAGUCAUGGGCUGUUUGGCCCUCAGAGCAGAGACAAGACUUGCCAUGAAAGGGACCUUGAUAUGACCUUUGACAGGUAUGACAGUGAAGAAAGAAGUUUGCGGUUUCCAGGAAGCCAUGAGCAAUAUAGUGAUCAUACAAAUUAUGAGAGAGCUCAAGAAAAAAAUUGCAGUUCUUUGGGGAACUUGCAUGAAUUUCAGAGGAAUUAUUCCAAGAUUCAUAGGCAUAGUUGCAGAUCAAGGGAUGUUGCACAUCGUUAUGCUGAUAGGUAUCUGGUAAAAGUAUCACGCAAGGAGCGUGAGAGAUCCCGUCAUGGAAGCAGUGACAGGAGCUACAAGCAUGGUAGUAAUGGCCAUGGGCACAAACACAGCAGAACUUCAACCAAGGAUAGUAGCAAAAACUACUAUGAAACAGAUGUCAGUGACAGUGAUGAAAAGGCACAUCACAAGCAUAAAUCAGCUGAAUUUGAUGACUGGGUUCAGAAACGUGGUGGUUACUCCAGAAGUGAAACUCACCAUUCAUCUGCUUCAGUGGCAGGACCAAAAACCAUACCUGUAAUUCAGUCACGGUAUUAAAAUGUAACAUUCUCCCAACAAAUUUCUGUACCCUUCUAUGUUGGUUCAUUUGAGGCUAGCUGAUUUAACAGGACUCUUUAUCCUGGUCUUUAAAUAAAAAAUGAAACUAAAUAUAUCUUGAAAGUUAUAGCAGAUACAUGGCUCUAACUUGUAACAUAAACUAAAAUUACACUGGUGGUUAUUUAAACAUCAGAUCAGCAAUAAAUUGCUUGUGAAACUGAAGUGGAGUUCAGAAUCAUUCUUGCCUCUUAUGAAAUACAGAUGUACAUGUAAUACCAUGAUCUAUAGUAAAAAUGGACUUCACAGUGAAAUGGAUGCGAAUAGUGCUUCCAUAAGUCUAUACAUAAUAUCAGAACAUACUUUUUUAUUAAAACAUAUUGUGCAGUGUUCUAAAUGUUUUGAGAUACUUUAUCUCUGUUUCAUUUGUUACAUGUUUAUGUUAUGUGCAGCUAAGUAUGAAGCAUAUUGUGAACAUUGAAAUUGAUGUGCAAAAUGCUGAUCUUUAAUUUAAAAUCAUAAAUUGUUGGCUUUGUAAACUUA